AUGAACGACCCAAACAAAGCUAUCUCGGUAAAUUUAUCAUCUUUGCUCAGCCUGAAGGCUGAAUUACUGCGCAAGCAGCAUGAGGUGAAGUUGGCCAAGGCGGCCCAGGUAUCGGCUGUUGAACACAAGCCCCAAAAAGUCGUCAGCGAGAAGGAGAAGCCUAAGGAGAAGAAGUCGCACAGCUACAAUGAAGUGAGCCGCAACGAGGACGCCAGGGUCUAUGAGACCGAGGAUCAUGCGCAGCUGGAGAAGUCUCGGCGCGUUCUGGAGGCGAAGAGCAAGUACUACGAUCGAAUGAGUCGCAGCGGAGGCAACCUCAACUCUGACGACAAUUGUCUGGUCAUGUUCAAUCGCAAGCGCCAGGAGGAAGACCUAGACGAAGAGCCACAGACUUGUUCUCCGCCCGGGCGAGUGAGCAGCAGUUCAAGCAGCUCCAGCGAAGAGGAGGGCAACGACGAUGAUGAAGUGGAGUACGUUGAUUGUUUGGGCCGCACAAGGAAAUGUCUCAGAAGGGUAUUGGCAGAGGAGAAGAAACGCGACAAGCAGCUAGCCCAAAGUAUGCCUGAGCGCAUUGAUACAACCAAGGCCAACUGGAUGAUAGACACCAAGGGCGAACAGAAGGAGGGGGAGGAGGCGGCGGAGGAGGAUUUCAACAUUAAACCACGCCCUCCGGGCAGCAUUUUCAGCGACGACCAGUCCACGGCGACCCACCACGCCGAGCUGCUUCUGAAUUGGGAGCGCAAAGAGCAGGAGAAUGCCGAAAAACCAGACAUUCACUACCAAGAUGUCUUCUUCGACGAGGCCCGCACCCACGGUGUCGGCUACUAUGCCUUUUCCACAGACGAAGAAGAGCGCGCAAAGCAGCAAAGAGAGCUGGAGGAGGCGCGCAAGGCCACAACUGAGGAGCAGGCUCGACGCGAUGAAUUGAGAGCCAAGCGGGACAGCAUGGUGGCUGGUCGAGUGCUGGCCGCCAAGAACCGCAUACGGGCUCGCAAUGGUCUGCCGCCCAUCAGCAAGGAGGACUACGAACGGGAACUGCAGCAGAAGAAAGACGAAUCAGCAGCUGAGGCUGUCGAACGGGAGCGCAAAGCACGUGAAAGGAAAGAGGCCAUUGAGAAAGAGAAAGAAGCCGAGGAAGCGGAACGCGCGGAGCUGCGCAAGGAGCAUGUUCGCGAUUGGGAUAAGGAGAAACUGGCGUCGCAAGAGCCGGAGGAAGAGUGGGAAUACAAAGCCGAACGUCUGCCCAUGUCACAGGAAGAGUGGAACGAAAAACAGCGUGGCGAGCGUAAAGAGGAGUUCGCUCCCCUUCCAGAGCCGCUAAAACGCAGCAACUUCAGCAGCAUUCCAGCUCCGCCCCCACUGUGGGAAAUCCAAGAACAGGAAUUCAGUAAUUUCAAUUCCAGCAAGAAAGAGCAGCAGUUCCAGCGACGCAAUUACACUACCCCCACCGAUGACAUUGACAAUGACACACCUUCCACAUCUGCAGGCAGUCGGGGGGCUGCCAUACCGCCUCCUCCCGGCCUAAAUGAUAUGGGACCUCCUCCAGCCAAGAUACAUAGGUCCCAGAACGAGCUAGAACGCUCCAUCGAGGCUGGUCUGAAGUUCCUGCGCAAUUGCUGUGACAAGGAAGCGAUGACCAACAAGGCUACUUGGACAGCCAAGGCGGAUUAUUAAUUUAAGGCAUUAGUUUUGUUUAUAAUUUAUUGCUUUGUGUAAAGAAUACUUAAGAAAAAAACACAAUACAUAAUAUGCGAACGGGACAAGUUGUCUUUGAGCUAAGGUCCAACAAAUAUCUGUUAAGUAUAGAUGGGCUACAACAAGAACGAAAGGAACAGUCAAACAUAUUGCUUUGUUCAAGAAAUAUCCAUCGGCAACUUUGGUUAAAAAUAAAAUAAAUUCCAAAGAAAUUGUAA